UGUUUUAGACCAAAGAAGCUACACAAUGAAGUCGGUAGUUUUACUUUGCUUAUUGGUCAUCGCUGGGGGAUACGCCCUACCAACUUCAGAAAUAGUUCCCACACAAGAUCGAAUUGUGGAUUAUUGGCUCAUCGACGCUAUCGAGACACUCACACAAUGGAUCAAGGCUAAUGGAUAUGAUCCAUUUGAGUUUGGUCAAAACUUUAAUUGGAUAUUCUUUGAUGAUACGUUAGAAAUCGUGGGAUACGUGAGUAGGUUACGUUUCACUGGAGCCAGCAAUAUCAACAUUGACAACCUUUACUACAACAUCCUUUUGGGAAGGCUGGACGUAGACUUUGUUAUUCCACAACUUUUCUUGCAAAUCGGACAUUAUAAAGGUCAAAUUAUACAGCAUGGAGUAGUGAUAUAUGACCUUGAAAUAAGUGGCAGCCUUGCCAUAAAUGACGUCCGAAUCAAGGGUGAUGUUCUCCUUAGACUGUCAGGAGGCUCGGUCCAGAUUCACAAUAUCAAUCCUCAGUUCAGCAUCGGAAGCAUUCAGGCAGAUCCGACUGUAAUCGAAUCAGGGCGGGAUGUCUCGUUACUCGUGCGUUAUUUCUUACAUGUGACGGUUCCUAACUUCCUCGAGACUUACAAAAACGAAAUCAACACCAUCAUCGGGGAGCAAAUCCGACAAGCCGUAAACAGGUGGUGGUAA